AUGAGUAACUAUCAUGUAGGCGUGGAUGAAGCAAAACCAAAAGGAUGGAAGAAAAAGUUUCAGGGCUAUUUUGAUCCAAAAAAGAAGAAAACUUCUGCUUUUCCUGAAAAUUGUGAAUAUGUCAUUGAAAAAUUAGCUGUUAAAUGCCUUCGUUCGUCUGUUAUUGCUAUUUCUACUGAAGAUUUAUCAGAACCUCCGGAGCCUCAAGUUUUAAUACCAUCUGAAACAUCAUCUUCUUCUGUCGAACAGCCACCAAAAAGCUUUUCAAAAAGUAUUAAGAAGCUUUCUUCUUUGCCAAAAAAAUUUUCAAUUAAGCAAAGCAAAAAUAUUAAUAUUCAAGAACUUAAUUCAAUACCAUCUUCGUCAUCAAAACCAUCAAAAAAGAUUCAAAGAAAAACUGAAAUUAUUAAUCGAUUUACUGCUUUUCAUCCUGAUCUUAAAGAAAGUGAAAGGCCACCGAAAGAACCUUUAAUUUUCAAAUUAAAAAAAAAUAAAAGAUUUUUUGCAGAAGAAUUAUCAGAAAUAGCAUCUAGGAAUGAUAAAAUGAUAAAUACUAAUUCAGAGUUAGAAAAUGAGACAAUAUUAGGAGAUAUAGCACCAAGUACUUCAGAUCAACUUUCCACAUAAAGUAAUGCAUUGU